AUGCUCACACUGAGUCCCUAUUCGGCGGUGUCACCUCGUGAGGCGCCGUACUCGCCCACAUUAAUCCUGCAUAAGAGUCCUAGCGGCCGCUCGCUAAAGAGCGUAAGAAGCAGAGCUGUCGUCUAUAUCGAUCGCGGUGUCGGCGCGAGUCCUCCUCCAGGUUCAAUAAAAGAGUCGCCGAGACUGCAGAGAGCAGCGAAAUCUUCACUACCUAAAGCUGCGGCGCCGACCACGGCACACUCAUCUGCGGCAUCCGCGACCGCCGCCGCAGCUGUCUCCGCCGCGAGGACGGACCACCCCGAGGCUGCGCCGCCGCGGCAGCAGCAGCAAUCGCAACCUGCGACCUCUCAACAGCCACAGUCUACACACCAGCAGCCACGGCGCGAAACCCGUGAGCCCGCCCGCUCCGUCACAUCACUCGCCAUCAAGCGGCAUGCCUCGGACUCGUCGCUCUCGCUCCGUGAAGUUGACAGCAGCAGCAGCAGCGGCACCACCUCCUCCACAAAUGAAGACCCGAUGUCAUCAACCUCCAUAACGACCGGCGCUCCCAAGUCCGCUGCCGACGCGCUCGCGCAGAACUUCAGCACAUCCACCACCCUCACAGACAGCAAUAAUACUACCAACAACAAUGAUACAAUACACGACCCAACAACAUCCCCCUCCUCGUCAAAGAAGCCACGUCCGGAGACGCCAGCACGUAAACGCGUGCCUCUCAACUACGAGCACUGCCCCACGACCGACCUCGUCCAGCUGAUCGCCGCCAUGCUUCUUGAGCUAAUCUCCUACAACGACGCUAUUCCGCUUAAAGACGGCCACCUCACUCGCUUCCACUCCCGCGCUCCGCCCGGGAUAAGUGUCCAAGACUACCUUCAGCGCCUCACCACUCACGCUACCCUCUCCCCACCCAUUUUGCUCAGCAUGGUCUACUACAUCGACCGCUUGUGCGCGCUCUACCCGGCGUUCACCAUAACGAGUCUAACAGUGCAUCGAUUUUUGAUCUCGAGUGCGACGGUGGCGUCCAAGGGGUUGAGUGAUUCUUUCUGGACAAACAAGACGUAUGCACGGGUCGGCGGGGUGAGUCUGAAUGAGUUGGCGUUGCUGGAGUUGGAGUUUUUGACGAGGGUGGAGUGGAGGAUUGUGCCCCGGCCGGAGGUGCUGGUGGAUUAUUAUCGGAGUUUGGUGGGGAGGAGUGAGGGGUUUGUUUUUGAGGAGGAGGGUGAGGGAGGGCAAGAAGGGGAAGCUCGAACUGGAGCAGAGGAGUCGAAGGCUACAGCAAGGGAGAAUGCGGAGUCAGUGGGAGCGGUACAGGUCAAGGGCGAGCAGGGCGAGCCGACAUGA